CGAUCAGCUGUGAUCUCAUUGCCUCCAAGAAUGCCUCAGGACAGUUCGGUGGGUUUGCUCUUUAGGACUAAAUUCAGUUAUUGCUGAUAAGAUGGUGGCAGGGAAUGAUGUGGAGGCUUCGGGGAGGAAGGAAGAGAUUCCUCACGACCACCUGUUCAUGGUGACGGGGUUGUCUUCGACGAAUUUGGAGAAGCUGGCGCAUGUACCAGAACCGCCAUCAGACUUCGAAACGGCCAUCGCCGCCACGGGCUCCGGCCGGUUCAACGUGGCGCUGAUGCUGUGCACCUUCCCCGCCUUCUGGAGCGCUAUCUCCGUCACCAGCUCCACUAGCUACAUCUUCACCAGGGCCAAAUGUGAUAUGCAGCUUAGCUUGCUUGACAUGGGCACUGUGAACGCCAUCACUUAUGGAGGAAUGAUCUCAUCUGCAAUGAUCUGGGGGUUCUUGUCGGACACACUGGGCCGGCGCCGCAUCAUGGUGUGGGGCUUCUUCUGCGCGGGGCUAGUCGAGGUGGCCGCCAGCAUGAGCCAGAACUUCCCCAUGCUGCUGGUCACGAGGUUCACCAGCGGGUUCCUCUUCAACGGCCCGUUCGCAGUCCUGAUCUCAUACUUGGCAGAGAUGCACCGCACGGAGCUGCGCGCGCGCGUCAUCCUUCUCACCAGCCUCUUCUACACAUGCGCUAACACCACCCUCCCCCUACUAGCCUGGGCGGUGCUUACACAUGACUGGACUUUCCAGAUCACUGAGAAAUUCGUGAUCCACUCCUGGAACCUGUUCCUCCUGGCGACAGCUCUGAUGCCGCUCCUUACGGGUCUGGUCUUCCUCUGUCUGCCGGAGAGCCCCAAGUUCCUGAUGUCGCGCGGCCGGAAUGAGGAGGCCAUGGAGGUGUUCAGGAAGAUAUACAGGCUCAAUACGGGGAAUCCGAAGGAGGAUUAUCCGAUCAAAUGUCUAGUCGAAGAAAAAACAGAGAACCAGGCAAGUGGCGUGGCAGCACUCAGGGGCGGGUGGGCACAGCUGGCCCCCCUCUUCCGGAUGCCUCACGUGAAGUGGCUAGCACUCAUCUGUGCCAUUCACGUGUUCACCAUGUUUGGGUCCAACACUCUCCGCCUCUGGUACCCCCAGCUCGCCGCCAUGAUCAACUCUGACUCUUCAAAGAGCCUCUGCUCAGCCAUAGCUCCUUCCAACGUCACAGCUGUCGUUGAGGAGGGCUGCCAGCCCAUAGAGGCGAACAUGAUGACGUAUAUGCAGAGUGUUAUAGUGGGUGCGGGGUCUGCGCUGACUUAUGGGAUAGGAGGGAUGUUGGUCAACCGGUGCGGUAAGAAGCUAGUAUCUGCGGCGUGCAGCAUCACCGCCGCCGCGGUCGUGAUCCUGAUGCCGUUCCUCGGCAACAGCGCUGAUGCUGUGGUGGCUCUGAUGACCAUAGCCUUGGCGCUUACGUCGCUCAGCGGGGCUGCGCUGUCCAGCAUCACUGUAGACCUGUUCCCUACUUCACUAAGAGUGAUGGCAAUGGCGACAUUCCUGAUGAUGGGGCGAAUGGGCACCAUCACCGGGACGGUCGCCUUCCCCGCACUCAUGGACUUCGGCUGCCUUCCACCUUUCAUCACCAUCUGCGCCGUCUUAGCUGUCUGUGGCGUUGCUUGUUUCCUGCUACCGAAUACAACGUUAAAGAAGUUGGAAUAAAAAUUACUUAGUAAGCUUUGUUUUUAUAUUACUGAAAAGACA